CCGGACGUGCACAAAAAAGUUUGUAUGAGUUGCUUAGAGUUUAUGUUUCUCCUGCAAACCUAGCGCACAUGACUGUCCAGUGGAGCUCUCAGACCCAGGAUUAUGAGAAGUGUAACAAAACUUGCCUUAUCUACUGAAAUGGAAAUUCUCUAGUAAUCUAAGACUGACUGGUUCCAGGGGACUACAGGUUGUUGAUUUUGAGGAAAGCUAUUGAAUAAUUUGAAGGCUUAACUCUGGUAAGGUAGAAAACUGCAAACUUAUAAAUAUAAUGUGCAGUUUGAAUAUCAGAAUAAAAGAUGUGAAGAUGAAUGCUAAACCUCACCCCAAGAAGGAUACUGCUUAUAUUAUGAAUGCUGAAGAUUUUUUUCCUUGGUUGUUGGAUGAUGUUUAAAGUUUAUUUCUUGACAAAUAUGCAAGUGCUGUAUUUAUUUCUUCAGCAAAUCUGUAGGAAAAUACAUUUUCCAUAGACUUGUCAAUUUCAGCUAAUGGUACUUCUAAAACCAGGUGUUUAAAUACAAUGACUGGACUAACUGGAAAUAUGAAGUGCUCUCAAUGAGGAUUUUAUGAUGACUUUUUCACACGAGUGACAAAAUAAUUUGUCAUUUGCCUUUCAGGAGCAGGAAACAGACCUCUGUGAAUCAGAAUAUACCAUCCAAAACUGAUAACUCAUUAAUGUGUGAUGUAAGUACUCCAAAAACAGAUCUCAGAGGGAUGAGAACACAAAUAAUUUAAGGAACAGACGUGACUAAAUGUAGCCUAAUGUUUUCUUCUGGUUAGUUAAUGGCUGAAAGUGGUCCCAGGACCAGUACAGAUAGACAGUAUAUCAACAGCAUCUAUAGAAUGAAACUCAAGAAUGCACUUACUCCAAAAGUGAGACUGAGAAGAACAUACCAAUCUGCACAGAGGGAUUGUAGCUGGCUUGAAAGUAGUCAGUAUCUGGAUUAUAAUCAGACUCCAAAUGGUAGAAAGAAGGGAUUGAAAUAAGGUGCUUUAUCUUCGGUUGAGCACUAGUUCUGAAAGUGAAAGAUCUGUGCUGUGAUUGUAGGCAGGAAAAGGUCAAUUGAUUCCUGGAUCUCUCAUGCUAAUCAGACUAAAAUGAAUACAAUGGGAAGACUCAGUGUCUCUGAGUUGCUAUCAAAUGUUUCUGCAUGUCAAACAUCUGGGCAAAUAAUCUUCAAUGGCUGAAAGGAAAAACUGUCUGUGCAUGUCUGAUUGGGAGAAUGAAGGAGUGCACUUCCCAGGAGCAGUACUAAUUUCUGAAUGCUGUAGAAUAUGGGACAGGUCGGCUAGGCACACAAGUAGCUCUGGAUGGUUCCAUGAAUUCUGAAUGAGGAUGUUUCGAAGAGGGCUGCUGGCCUGGGGUUCACGGGUUAUGGUCCUGUUAGUCUUUGUUUGUUGCACUGUGUCAUUGAUCUACAUGCUGGCAUGUACCCCAAAAGUAGAUUAUGUCCAGUCAGCAUUAGCAAAAGUCAGUGGUCCGCCUGGAAAAGACAACUACCAUGCCAUUAUUCAGGAGCAUGAAGAGCAGCAAAACAACUAUAUCAAUAGCUUGAAAAAGCAAAUCGCUCAACUCAAGGAAGAGUUGCAGCAAAGGAGUGAACAGCUGAAAACUUUGCAAGAACAAGGUGGGCUUAAACUGGGGGGUCCUUUUGACCAGGGUAGCCCUGAAAAGACUCACACUGACCUCUAUGACUUCCUGCAUGCUCAGAUAGACAAAGCAGAGGUGCACGCUGGCCAGAAAGUACCAACAGAGUAUGCAGUGGUGCCAUUUGAAAGCUUUACAAUGCAGAAAGUUUACCAGCUGGAAAUGGGCCUCACACGACAUCCUGAGGAGAAACCAGUUAGGAAGGAUAAAAGAGAUGAAAUGAUGGAAGCAGUGGAAUCUGCUGUAGAAUCUUUGAACAGUGCAGAAGACGAAGGAAAUACGAAGCAGCAUGCCUAUUCCUCGUCUGACUUCAUUGAAGGUAUCUACAGAACUGAGAGGGAUAAAGGUACUGUAUAUGAUAUGACAUUUAAAGGAGAGAAGAACCACGAGUUAAAUCGAGUAGUGCUGUUUCGACCCUUUGGACCCAUUAUGAAAGUAAAGAAUGAGAAAAUCAAUACAGCCAAUAUGCUGAUCAACAUAAUAGUGCCUCUGUCAAAAAGAGCAGACAAGUUUCGACAGUUUAUGCAGAUGUUCAGGGAGGUAUGCAUUCAACAAGAUGGGAGGGUCUACCUAACUGUAGUCUACUUUGGGAAGGAGCAAAUGAAUGAAAUCAAAGAUAUCCUUGAAAUAAAUGCCAAGCAGGCAAACUUCAAGAACUAUACUUUUAUCCAACGGAAUGAGGAUUUCUCAAGGGGUAAAGGCCUAGAUGUAGGCGCUCGUGCCUGGAAAAGUAGUAACGUGUUGCUGUUCUUCUGUGAUGUUGACAUAUACUUCACUGCUGACUUUCUCAACUCAUGUAGAAUGAAUGCACAACCAGGGAAGAAAGUGUUUUACCCUGUCUUGUUCAGUCAGUACAACCCUGCCAUUAUUUACGGACAUCAUGCCCCUGCUCCAAGCUUGGAACAACAGCUGGUAAUUAAAAAGGAUACUGGAUUUUGGCGAGACUUUGGCUUCGGAAUGACAUGUCAGUAUCGUUCAGAUUUUAUCAAUAUAGGUGGUUUUGAUCUUGAUAUUAAAGGCUGGGGAGGAGAAGAUGUUCACCUGUAUCGUAAAUACCUGCACAGUAACCUGAUAGUAAUCAGAACACCUGUACGGGGCUUAUUCCAUCUCUGGCAUGAGAAACACUGUGUAGAUGAAUUGACUCCAGAGCAAUAUAAGAUGUGCAUGCAGUCCAAGGCCAUGAAUGAAGCCUCUCAUGGGCAGUUAGGAAUGCUGGUGUUCAGGCAUGAGAUCGAGGCACACCUGCGCAAACAAAAGCUAAAAAUGACAGCAAAGAAAACAUGAGUCUGACUGAAAAGGAUAGUGUUUGAAUUUUAAAUCAGCAGGUGAGGACAGUAGUAAGUUUUCUGGAUACUCCCCAGUUAUUAGAAAAGAACACAGUGUUAAUUCGUAUGGCCUUAUACCCCGACCUCUUGUCUCCCACAUAUGUGGUAAUUUACCAAAAUGCAUAUUUCAGCCUCUGGAAACAUGUGUGUACUUUAAUUACAAACCUAUAAUAAUGGUGAUAUUUUUUCCAAGGAAGUUAACCUGCAAAUUCCAGAAUAAGACCAAACUUGUUCAGAAACAUUUAGAACUUUAGUGGGACUUUUGAACCAGGAUGCACAAUUGAAAAGCCAUAUCCUAUAUAGCCAAAAACUCUAGAAUAUGAGAACUUUCAUGUGUGUUGAGAAGUGAGAUGAUGAACUGACCUUUUCAAUUUUCAUGUUGAAGAUGAAUUUAUUUUUUAAUUAAAGGAAUAAAUAUUGCACAGAUGUAGCCCUUUUUAAUGGGCCAGUACUUGUGAAUAUUGUCAAGGAAAGUACUGUAACAGUGAGUUAACCUUUUGCAGGCAUCACUCUUUCCACGUUAUUGCUGGCAUAUGUCUCACAUAGAUCACUAUAGCACACUCACAUGAAAGACAGUAGAAAUCUAGGUACAUUUUACAUUUGGAAUGCACAAAUUGCUUUGUUACUAGUUCACAAUAAUUUCUUACUUUGUGGCCUUGAAACUCCUCUGACAUCCUUUGGUACAAGCUUUUAUCAGUGUUUGAAACCAAGAUUAUUGUUUUUGCAUAAGGGGUAUUUAUUAAAUCUUGCCUGUGUGCCUUGAA